AUGUCCCUCGGGGGGACCACAGGCGACAACACGCGCCUGCUUCGGAAGGCUCCAGAGGAGGAGGAGGAGGAGGAGGAGGAGGAGGAGGAGGAGGAGGAGGAGGAGGAGGAGGAGGAGGAGGAGGAGGAGGAGGAGGAGGAGGAGGAGGAGGCGAUGCAGGCGGAGGGCGUGCGGGAGGUGGCCGUGGCAACUGGCCUGGAGGUGCUGUACCAGGAGACCCCCAACUACCGCGGAGCGGCGGCCGAGGCUGACCGCAUGAUCGAGCCAAGGGAGACGGCUAGGCAUGCCUGGCGAGUGCCAGACCUGGGUGUAGAGCCUGUUGCUAGUGCUGCAGAGGAGGCGGUUACUGAGGGGGCUAACCCACCAUAG